AUGACGGUGGAGAUGGAACAUUCUGGAGAGAACGGCUUCGGUCACAGAGACCCCACCACCCCCGGAUCGAAAAUGUCUGGGUUCAGCGACAUGCGCAGCCCCGUGCUGGAGGGCCUGGAUAGCCACUCUGAGAAGUUCCAGCUGGAGGCGUUCAACCGGGCGCGGCAGAGCGGCGGCCCCAAGAUGGGCCGCUUCCUCAGCUUUGGGCGCAGCCCCAAGCCCGCCGACACGCCCGGCACGCCCGAGAACCUGCAGCUGGACGAUCUGCUGCUCUUCUCGGAGGACAGCCUGCCCGUGAGCCUGCUGAAGCACAACCCCGACAACCAGGGGCGGGCGGUGAAGAUGUUCCAGUCGGUGCUGCAGUACAUGGGGGUGCACGGCGAGAUGCUGGGCGCGAUGGCGGCGCUGGAGCUGGCCCAGAAGCUGCUGCACCAGGGCCUGAAGCGCGUGGAGCUGCGGGACGAGCUGUACAUGCAGCUGGUGAAGCAGACGCGCGGCAACCCCAACCCCGCCGCCCGCACCAAGGCCUGGCAGCUCUUCUACCUCACCGCCGCCACCAUGCCGCCCUCCAAGGACUUCAUGGGCCUGGUGUCGGAGUACGUGCACACGUGCGCGCACGACGCCGAGGAGCUGCCCGAGGUCCGCGACCUCGCUACCAAGACGUGGCAGGCCAUGAAGCGCACGGCCAAGGCGGGGCAGCGCCGCACGCUGCCCGACAUGCAGGAGAUCGAUGCGCUGUUCAAGGGCGCCAAGCAGAAUGCGGUGGUCUACUUCCUGGACGAGACGUUUGAGGAGCUGUCGUACGACGCCAGCACCACCGUCAUGGAAGCCGUGGAGCAGCUGGCGGGGCAGAUCAAGCUGGAGAACUACCAGACCUUCUCGCUGUUCGCCGUGCAGAAGGGCAAGGCCCUGGAGCCAGGCAUGCCGGUGACGGAUGAGCAUGUGCUCAUGGACGACAACCGCUUCAUCGCCGACAUCAUGUACGACUUCAAGCAGCAGAAGGCCAAGGAGGGCUCCACCUCCAAGCUGCUGUUCAAGAAGCGCAUGUUCCGGGAGACGGACGAGACGGUGACGGAGCCGCAGUUUGUCAACCUCUCCUACAUCCAGGCGCAGCACGACUACCUGCAGGGCCAGUACCCGGUGGAUCGCGAGGGUGCGGCGCAAAAGCCUUGUUUGGAGGGGGCGUUGAAGAAGUACAUGGUGAAGCAGAUCCUGACCAGCCGCCCGCGCCAGGAGUGGAUGGCCGACGUGUCGUCCCGCUACCGCGCCCUGUCACAGUUCUCCAAGGACGACGCCCGCAUCCAGUACCUGCGCAUCAUCCGCUCCCUGCCCUACGGCAACUCCAUCUUCUUCACGGUCAAGCGCAUCGAGGACCCCAUCGGCCUGCUGCCUCCCAAGCUCAUCCUGGGCAUCAACAAGCGCGGCGUGCACUUCUUCCGCCCCGUCCCCAAGGAAUACCUGCACUCGGCGGAGCUGCGCGACAUCAUGCAGUUCGGCUCCUCCUCCCAGGCCGUGUUCUUCAAGAUGCGAGUGGCGGGCGUGCUGCACAUCUUCCAGUUUGAGACCAAGCAGGGGGAGGACAUCUGCAUGGCCCUGCAGACCCACAUCAACGACAUCAUGAUGAAGCGCUACUCCAAGGCCAAGGCCGCGCAGGACGGCGGCGCCGACAUCUCCACCGCCCCCGGCGGCGGCGACUUUGGGCCCAAGUACCAGGCGCACGUGGGCGAGCUGCAGCGCCAGCUGGAUGAGGCGCGCGCCAUGCUGGACGCCAAGGACCAGCACCUGGCUGAGCUGGCGGAGGAGCGGCAGGCCAUGGCCGACGAGCUCAGCGUGCUCAAGGGCAUGGGCGGCGCGGGCGUGGCAGCGGGCGCGGCCGCCGCCGAGCUGGCAGCCCUGGACCUGAGCGGCGCAGCCGGCGGCGACGAAAAGGCGAUGAAGGCGAUUGAGCAGCGCAUCAGCGCGGUGCUGGCCGAAAAGUCUGCCAUGGAGAGCAAGCUGGCGCGGCUGGAGGCGGCGCACAGGCAGGAGAUGGAGGCGUUCCGUGCGGCCGGCGGCGCGGCUGCGGCCGGCGGCGCGGUGGUGGCGCUGGAGGCUGUGCGCGAGAAGGAGGCCAAGAUCAACGAGCUGAUUGAGGAGCUGGGCAACAAGGAGCUGCUGCUGUCGGAGGCGAAGCAGGAGCUGGAGUCGACCAAGGGCGCGCGCAAGGAGCUGCAGGAGCUGCGCGAGAUGAAGGAGGACGUGGAGCGGCGGGAGAAGGCGCAGGCGGAGGUCAUCUCCCAGCAGGCCAAGCGGCUGGAGGAGCUGGAUGCGCUGUACCGCGACGAGGCCAUCAUGCGCAAGAAGAUCUUCAACCAGAUGGAGGACAUGAAGGGCAAGAUCCGGGUCUACUGCCGCGUGCGCCCCAUCCUGCAGAUGGAGAAGGACCGCGGGCAGACAGAGGCGGUGAUGAUCCCCGACGAGCUCACCAUCGGCCUCAACUGGAAGGGCACCAAGAAGGAGUGGAGCUUCGACUCUGUGUUUGGCGCCACCACGCACCAGGACAAGGUGUUUGAGGACACCAAGCACCUCAUCCAGUCGGCGGUGGACGGCUACAACGUCUGCAUCUUCGCCUACGGCCAGACCGGGUCCGGCAAGACCUUCACCAUCUACGGCAACGAGAAGCUGCCUGGCCUGACGCCGCGUGGCGUGACCGAGCUGUACGCCGUCAUGGACCGCGACUCGGGCAAGGCCUCCUUCCGCAUCUCCUGCUUCAUGCUGGAGCUCUACUGCGACGACCUGACUGACCUGCUGGCGGAGCACAAGAAGGGCGACAAGCUGUACAAGCAGCCCAGGCUGGAGAUCAAGAAGGACCCCAAGGGCGUGGUGACGGUGCCGGGGGCCACCAUCGUGGACAACAUCAGCAGCCCGCGGGAGCUCAUGGAUGUGAUUGAGGCGGGCCUGGCGCGCCGCCGCGUCUCCUCCACGCAGAUGAACCGCGAGUCCUCCCGCUCCCACCUCAUCAUCACCAUCUGCAUCGAGUCCACCAACCUGCAGACCCAGAACGUGGCGCGCGGCAAGCUGUCGUUUGUCGACCUGGCCGGCUCCGAGCGCGUGAAGAAGUCUGGGUCGGUGGGCGAGCAGCUCAAGGAGGCCCAGGCCAUCAACAAGUCGCUGUCUGCCCUGGGCAACGUCAUCUCCGCCCUCGCCACCGAGCAGGGCCACGUGCCGUACCGCGACCACAAGCUCACCAUGCUCAUGUCCGACUCCAUCGGCGGUACCGCCAAGACCCUCAUGUUUGUCAACGUGUCCCCCGUUGAUGCCAACCUGGACGAGACCCAGAACUCGCUGCAGUACGCCCAGCGCGUGUCCACCAUCCGCAACGAUGUGUCCAAGAACGAGAACAGCGCCGACGUGCUGCGCCUCAAGCGGCAGGUGGACUACUGGAAGGAGCAGGCGGGGCUGCCGCCGCACAAGCGCGACUACGUGGACCUGGAGGAGAUUGCGGACCAGAAGCAGAAUGGCGACCAGUAA